AUGUGUGUUCUCUGGGUUCGAAAGUACACUGUAUGCGGUUGCAUCCGCGAAGUAACCACCACCGCCUGUCCACCAGAGAAGGCAAACAAAUGCAAGGGCAAUAGGAUGGUAUUUCUAAAAGACCAGACAGAGGCAUGCAGCGGAUGCUGGAAAAGAGGAGACAAACGGAAAUUCAAUGACGACGAGUUCGAAGCUCACGGACUCUCUGAGAAUGAGGAAACCAUCUAUUCUCCGGUCAAUAGGAAUGCCCCACCACGUUUUCGAAACAACCUUGUAGAGCCCAGCGACACCGCAAGGUCUGAUAGCGAACCUGGAGAUGAAAUCUGGGAAGAGGGAUUAGAAGAGAUACUAAUACCAUCUACAGAAAACCAAUCAAGCGACAGCGACGAUGAUGUCUUCGUGGACGCACUCGAAUACCUCGACAUGGACGAAGAACGAACAUCUCCCCAGCCUCCAUCCCGACCUUUAACACCGUACAUGAAUCUGAGACAUUCGGCGUGGUUGGAUAUCAUGGAUGGGAAUGGGGUUGAUGCUUCGCGCGUAUGUGAUCCCGUUGAGCAGGUUUCUGGGCAUUACCGCGCCAGGCGUGGACCGAGGAAAGGGUAUUUGAUGGGAGGUAGGUUUCCCCUGUGA